AUGGCUGUUGCAUCUAGACAGGCCUGUCAGGGGAGAACGGCUGCUGUGGAGACCGAGACCCUUCAAACAGUGCCAGAGGCAGGUGCUCAAACUACUGUUACGCUCACAGAUAACACUGAUACAAAUCCAACUACUCCAGAAAAAACUACAGGUGGAAGUAUAUCAACAGCUGACAUUAGUACGAGUACUCCUCCAGAAGUGAGUACAGAUGGAAGUAUAUCAACAGCUGACAUUAGUACAAGUACUCCUCCAGAAGUGAGUACAGAUGGAAGUAUAUCAACAGCUGACAUUAGUACAAGUACUCCUCCAGAAGUGAGUACAGAUGGAAGUAUAUCAACAGCUGACAUUAGUACAAGUACUCCUCCAGAAGUGAGUACAGAUGGAAGUAUAUCAACCGCUGAGAUCAGUACAAGUGCUGCUCCAGAAGUGAGUACAGAUGGAAGUAUAUCAAACACUGAGAUCAGUACAAGUGCUGCUCCAGAAGUGAAUACAGAUGGAAGUAUAUCAACAGCUGAUAUCAUUUCAAGUAUUGCUCCAGAAGUGAGUACAGAUGGAAAUAUAUCAACAGCUGACAUUAGUACAAGCACUCCUCCAGAAGUGAGUACAGAUGGAAGUAUAUCAACAGCUGAUAUCAAUACAAGUGCUGCUCCAGAAGAAAAUACAGAUGGAAGUAUAUCCACAACUGACAUUAGUACAAGUGCUGCUCCAGAAGUCAGUACAGGUGGAAGUAUAUCAACAGCUGAUAUCAAUACAAGUAAUACUCCAGAAGUGAGUACAGAUGGAAGUAUAUCAACAGCUGAUAUCAGUACAAGUACUGCUCCAGAAGUGAGUACAGAUGGAAGUAUAUCAACAGCUGAUAUCAUUACAAGUAUUGCCCUAGAAGUAAGUACAGAUGGAAGUAUUUCAACCGCUAAUAUCAGUACAAGUAAUGGUCCAGAAGAAAAUACAGGUGAAAGUAUAUCAACAGUUGAUAUAAGCCCAAGUAAUGUUCCAGAAGAAAAUACAGAUGGAAGUAUAUCCACAGCUGACAUUAGUACAAGUAUUGCUCCAGAAGUGAGUACAGGUGGAAGUAUAUCAACAGCUGAUAUCAGUACGAGUAUUGCUCCAGAAGUGAGUACAGGUGGAAGUAUAUCAUCAGCUGAUAUCAGUACAGGUAUUGCUUCAGAAGUCAGUACAGAUGGAAGUAUAUCAACAGCUGAUAUCAGUACAGGUAUUGCUCCAGAAGUCAGUACAGGUGGAAGUGUAUCAACAGCUUAUAUCAGUACAAGUAUUGCUCCAGAAGUCAGUACAGAUGGAAGUAUAUCAACAGCUGAUAUCAGUCCAAGUAUUGCUCCAGAAGUGAGUACAGGUGGAAGCAUAUCAACAGCUGAUAUCAGGACAAGUAAUGCUCCAGAAGUCAGUACAGAUGGAAGUGUAUCAACAGCUGAUAUCAGGACAAGCAUUGUUCCAGAAGUUAGUACAGAUGGAAGUAUAUCAACAGCUGAUAUCAGGACAAGUAUUGCUCCAGAAGUCAGUACAGAUGGAAGUAUAUCAACAGCUGAUAUCAGUACAAGUAUUGCUCCAGAAGUCAGUACAGAUGAAAGUAUAUCAACAGCUCGUAUAAGUAAUGUUCCAGAAAUAGGCACAACUGAAAAUAUAUCAACAGCAGAAAGAAGUACAAGUAAUGCUCCAAAAGUAAGCACAUCUGAAGUCAUAUCAACAGUGGAUAUCUAUACAAAUGAUGCUUCUCAAGUGAGCACAAGUGAAAGUAUAUCAACGGCUGUUAUUGGAACAAGUGCGGCUUUAGAAGUAAGUACACCUGAAGUCACAUCAACACCUUACAUAAGUACAAAUAAUGCUUCAGAAAUAAGUACAUCUGAAAGCAUAUUAACAGUGGACAUCAGUACAAGUGCUGCUCCUGAAGAAAUCACAUCAGAAGUCAUAUCAACAGCUCAUAUUAGUUCAAGUAAUGCUCCAGAAGUAAGUACAUCGGAAGUCUUAUCAACAGAUCAUAUCAGUGCAAGUUCUGUUCCAGAACUAAGCACAACUGAAAGUGUUCCAACAGCUUAUAUAAGUACAAGUGCUGCUCCAGAGGUUGGUACACCAGAUGUCAGUUCAACAGCUCAUAUCAGCACAAGUAAUGCUCCAGAAACAAGUACAUUGGAAGUCAUAUCAACAGUUCAUAUCAGUGCAAGUAAUCCACCAGAAGUAAGCACAACUGGAAGUGUAUCGACAGGUCCUAUAAGUACAAGUACUGCUCCAGAAGAAAGUACAUUGGAAUUUGUAUCAACAGCUCCUAUCAGUACAAGUAAUGCUCCAGAUUUAAGCACAACUGAAAGUAUAUCAACAGGUCAUAUCAGUACAAGUGAUGCUCCAGAAGUAGGUACAUCAGAAGUCAUAUCAACAGUUUAUACUAGUUCAAGUGUUGCUCCAGAAGUAAGUACAUCAGAAGUCAUAUCAACAGCUCAUACCAGUGCAAGUUCUGCUACAGGUUUAAGUACAUUGGAAGUUAUAUCAACAACUCAUAUGAGUACGAGUUCUGCUCUGGAAGUAAGUACAUCAGACGCUAUAUCAUCAGCUCACAUCAGCGCAAGUAAUGCUCCAGAAAUAAGUACAUUGGAAUUGAUAUCAACAGCUCCUAUAAGUAAAAGUGCUGCUCCAGAUUUAGGCACAACUGAAAGCACAUCAACAGCUCAUAUUAGUAUAAGUACUUCACUAGAGGUAACUACAUCAGAAGUCAUAUCAACAGCUCAUAUCAGCACAAGUAAUGCUCCAGAAGUAACAACAUCAGAAGUUAUCUCAACAGCUCAUAUCAUCACAAGUGUAACUCCAAAAGAAAGCACGAGUGAAAGCAUAUCAACAGCUCAUAUCAUUACAAGUAUUGCUCCAGAAGAAAGCACAAGUGAAAGCAUAUCAACAGCUCAUAUGAGUACAAGCACUGCUCCAGAAGUAGGUACAACAGAAGUCAUAUUAACAGAUCAUAUUAGUACAAGUAAUGCUCCAGAUUUAGGCACAACUGAAAGUAUAUCAACAGUUCACAUUAGUGCAAGUGCUGCUCCAGAAGUAGGUACAUCAGAAGUCAUAUCAACAGCUCAUAUCAGUACAAGUGCUACUCCAGAAGUAAGUACAUCAGAAGCCAUAUCAACAGCUCAUGCCAGUACAAGUUCUGCUCCAGAUGUAGGUACAUCAGAAGCCAUAUCAACAGUUGAAAUCAGUACAAGUGCUACUCCAGAAAUUGGUACAUCAAAAGUCAUAUCAACAGUUCCUAUCAGUACAAGUAAUAUUCCAGAAGGAGCUACAUCUGAAGUCAUAUCAACAGCUUAUACCAGUUCAAGUUCUGCUCCAGAUGAAGGUACAACAGAAGCCAUAUCAACAGUUCAAAUCAGUACAAGUGCUACUCCAGAAGUAAGUACAUCAGAAGUCAUAUCAACAGCUCAUACCAGUACAAGUUAUGCUCCAGAUUUAGGUACAACAGAAGCCAUAUCAACAGUUCAAAUCAGUACAAGUGCUACUCCAGAAAUUGGCACAUCAAAAGUCAUAUCAACAGUUCCUAUCAGUACAAGUAAUAUUCCAGAAGGAGCUACAUCUGAAGUCAUAUCAACAGCUCAUAUCAGCACAAGUAAUGCUCCAGAUGUAGAUACAUCUGAAGUCAUAUCAACAGCUCAUAUCAGUACAAGUGUUACUCCAGAAGUAAGUACAUUGGAAGUAAUUUCAACUGCUCAUAUCAGUACAAGUGCUUCUCCAGAAGUAAGUACAUCCGAUGUCCUAUCAACAAUUUAUACAAGUUCAAGUACUGCUCCAGAAGUAAGUACAUCAGAAGUCAUAUCAACAGCUCAUACCAGUACAAGUUCUGCUCCAGAUGUAGGUACAACAGAAACCUUAUCAACAGUUCAAAUCAGUACAAGUGAUGCUCCAGAAGUAAGUACAUCAGAAGUCAUAUCAACUGCUCAUAUAAGUAAUGCUCCAGAAGCAAUUACAUCGGAAGUCAUAUCAACAGCUCAUAUCAGCACAAGUAAUGCUCCAGAAGUAGUUACAUCAGAAGCCAUAUCAACAGCUCAUAUCAGUACAAGUGUUGCUCCAGAAGUAAGUACAUUGGAAGUCAUAUCAACAGCUCAUAUCAGUACAAGUGCUUCUCCAGAAGUAAGUACAUCCGAAGUCCUAUCAACAAUUUAUACAAGUUCAAGUAAUGCUCCAGAAGUAAGUACAUCAGAAGUCAUAUCAACAGCUCAUACUAGUACAAGUUCUGCUUCAGAUGUAGGUACAACAGAAGCCUUAUCAACAGUUCAAAUCAGUACAAGUGCUACUCCAGAAGUAAGUACAUCAGAAGUCAUAUCAACUGCCCAUAUCAGUACAAGUGCUUCUCCAGAAGUAAGUACAUCCAAAGUCCUAUCAACAAUUUAUACAAGUUCAAGUAAUGCUCCAGAAGUAAGUACAUCGGAACUCAUAUCAACAGCUCAUACCAGUACAAGUUCUGCUUCAGAUGUAGGUACAACAGAAGCCUUAUCAACAGUUCCUAUCAGUACAAGUAAUAUUCCAGAAGGAGCUACAUCUGAAGUCAUAUCAACAGCUCAUAUCAGCACAAGUAAUGCUCCAGAUGUAGGUACAUCUGAAGUCAUAUCAACAGCUCAUAUCAGUACAAGUGUUACUCCAGAAGUAAGUACAUUGGAAGUAAUUUCAACUGCUCAUAUCAGUACAAGUGCUUCUCCAGAAGUAAGUACAUCCGAUGUCCUAUCAACAAUUUAUACAAGUUCAAGUACUGCUCCAGAAGUAAGUACAUCAGAAGUCAUAUCAACAGCUCAUACCAGUACAAGUUCUGCUCCAGAUGUAGGUACAACAGAAACCUUAUCAACAGUUCAAAUCAGUACAAGUGAUGCUCCAGAAGUAAGUACAUCAGAAGUCAUAUCAACUGCUCAUAUCAGUACAAGUGGUACUCCAGAAUUAAGUACAUCGGAAGUAAUAUCAACAGCUCAUAUCAGUACAAGUAAUGCUCCAGAAGUAGUUACAUCAGAAGCCAAAUCAACAGAUCAUAUCAGUUCAAGUGCUACUCCAGAAGUAAGUACAUCAGAAGUCAUAUCAACUGCUCAUAUCAGUACAAGUUCUGCUCCAGAAGAAGUUACAUCAAAAGCCAUAUCAACAGCUCAUAUCAGUACAAGUGGUACUCCAGAAGUAGUUACAUCAGAAGCCAUAUCAACAGCUCACAUCAGUACAAGUGCUACUCCAGAAGUAAGUACAUCAGAAGUCAUAUCAACAGCUCAUACCAGUUCAGGUUCUGCUCCAGAUGAAGGUACAACAGAAGCCAUAUCAACAGUUCAAAUCAGUACAGGGGCUACUCCAGAAAUAAGUACAUCUGAAGUCAUAUCAACAGCUCAUAUCAGCAGAAGUUAUGCUCCAGAAGUAGUUACAUCAGAAGCCAUAUCAACAGCUCAUAUCAGUACAAGUGCUACUCCAGAAGUAAGUACAUCGGAAGUCAUAUCAACAGCUCAUACCAGUACAAGUUCUGCUCCAGAUGUAGGUACAACAGAAGCCCUAUCAACAGUUCAAAUCAGUGCAAGUACUACUCCAGAAAUUGGUACAUCUGAAGUCAUAUCAACAGCUCAUAUCAGUGCAAGUAAUGCUCCAGAAGCAAUUACAUCGGAAGUCAUAUCAACAGCUCAUAUCAGCACAAGUAAUGCUCCAGAAGUAGUUACAUCAGAAGCCAUAUCAACAGCUCAUAUCAGUACAAGUGUUGCUCCAGAAGUAAGUACAUUGGAAGUCAUAUCAACAGCUCAUAUCAGUACAAGUGCUUCUCCAGAAGUAAGUACAUCCGAAGUCCUAUCAACAAUUUAUACAAGUUCAAGUAAUGCUCCAGAAGUAAGUACAUCAGAAGUCAUAUCAACAGCUCAUACUAGUACAAGUUCUGCUUCAGAUGUAGGUACAACAGAAGCCUUAUCAACAGUUCAAAUCAGUACAAGUGCUACUCCAGAAGUAAGUACAUCAGAAGUCAUAUCAACUGCCCAUAUCAGUACAAGUGCUUCUCCAGAAGUAAGUACAUCCAAAGUCCUAUCAACAAUUUAUACAAGUUCAAGUAAUGCUCCAGAAGUAAGUACAUCGGAACUCAUAUCAACAGCUCAUACCAGUACAAGUUCUGCUUCAGAUGUAGGUACAACAGAAGCCUUAUCAACAGUUCAAAUCAGUACAAGUGCUACUCCAGAAGUAAGUACAUCAGAAGUCAUAUCAACUGCUCAUAUCAGUACAAGUGGUACUCCAGAAGUAAGUACAUCGGAAGUCAUAUCAACUGCUCAUAUCAGUACAAGUAAUGCUCCAGAAGUAGUUACAUCAGAAGUCAUAUCAACAGCUCAUAUCAGUACAAGUAAUGCUCCAGAAGUAGUUUCAUCAGAAGCCACAUCAACAGCUCAUAUCAGUACAAGUGCUACUCCAGAAGUAAGUACAUCAGAAGUCAUAUCAACAGAUAAUAUCAGCACAAGUGGUACUCCAGAAGUAAGUACAUCAGAAGUCAUAUCAACAGCUCAUAUCAGCACAAGUAAUGCUCCAGAAGUAGUUACAUCAGAAACCAUAUCAACAGCUCAUACCAGUACAAGUGCUACUCCAGAAGUGAGUACAUCAGAAGUCAUAUCAACUGCUCAUAUCAGUACAAGUGGUACUCCAGAAGUAAGUACAUUGGAAGUCAUAUCAACUGCUCAUAUCAGUACAAGUAAUGCUCCAGAAGUAGUUACAUCAGAAGUCAUAUCAACAGCUUAUAUCGGUACAAGUAAUGCUCCAGAAGUAGUUACAUCAGAAGCCAUAUCAACAGCUCAUAUCAGUACAAGUGCUACUCCAGAAGUAAGUGCAUCAGAAGUCAUAUCAACUGCUCAUAUCAGUACAAGUAAUGCUCCAGAAGUAGUUACAUCAGAAGUUAUAUCAACUGCUCAUAUCAGUUCAAGUGGUACUCCAGAAGUAAGUACAUCGGAAGUCAUAUCAACAGCUGAUAUCAGUACAAGUAAUGCUCCAGAAGUAUUUACAUCAGAAGCCAUAUCAACAGAUCAUAUCAGUACAAGUGGUACUCCAGAAAUAAGUACAUCGGAAGUCAUAUCAACAGCUCAUAUCAGCACAAGUAAUGCUCCAGAAGUAGUUACAUCAGAAGCCAUAUCAACAGCUCAUAUCAGUACAAGUGCUACUCCAGAAGUAAGUACAUCAGAAGUCAUAUCAACAGCUCAUACCAGUUCAAGUUCUGCUCCAGAUGAAGGUACAACAGAAGCCAUAUCAACAGUUCAAAUCAGUACAAGUGCUACUCCAGAAGUAAGUACAUCAGAAGUCAUAUCAACAGAUCAUAUCAUUACAAGUGGUACUCAAGAAGUAAGUACAUCGGAAGUCAUAUCAACAGCUCAUAUCAGUACAAGUAAUGCUCCAGAAGUAGUUACAUCAGAAGCCAUAUCAACAGCUCAUGUCAGUACGAGUGCUACUCCUGAAGUAAGUACAUCAGAAGCCAUAUCAACAGAUCAUAUCAGUACAAGUGCUACUCCAGAAGUAAGUACAUCAGAAGUCAUAUCAACUGCUCAUAUCAGUACAAGUGGUACUCCAGAAGUAGUUACAUCAGAAGCCAUAUCAACAGCUCAUAUCAGUACAAGUGCUACUCCAGAAGUAAGUACAUCAGAAGUCAUAUCAACAGCUCAUACCAGUUCAAGUUCUGCUCCAGAUGAAGGUACAACAGAAGCCAUAUCAACAGUUCAAAUCAGUACAAGUGCUACUCCAGAAGUAAGUACAUCAGAAGUCAUAUCAACAGAUCAUAUCAUUACAAGUGGUACUCAAGAAGUAAGUACAUCGGAAGUCAUAUCAACAGCUCAUAUCAGUACAAGUAAUGCUCCAGAAGUAGUUACAUCAAAAGCCAUAUCAACAGCUCAUAUCAGUACAAGUGCUACUCCAGAAGUAAGUACAUCAGAAGCCAUAUCAACAGAUCAUAUCAGUACAAGUGCUACUCCAGAAGUAAGUACAUCAGAAGUCAUAUCAACUGCUCAUAUCAGUACAAGUGGUACUACAGAAGUAAGUACAUCGGAAGUCAUAUCAACAGCUCAUAUCAGCACAAAUUCUGCUCCAGAAGAAGUUACAUCAGAAGCCAUAUCAACAGCUCAUAUCAGUACAAGUGGUACUCCAGAAGUAGUUACAUCAGAAGCCAUAUCAACAGCUCAUAUCAGUACAAGUGCUACUCCAGAAGGAAGUACAUCAGAAGUCAUAUCAACAGCACAUACCAGUUCAAGUUCUGCUCCAGAAGAAGUUACAUCAGAAGCCAUAUCAACAGCUCAUAUCAGUACAAGCGGUACUCCAGAAGUAGUUACAUCAGAAGCCAUAUCAACAGCUCAUAUCAGUACAAGUGCUAUUCCAGAAGUAAGUACAUCAGAAGUCAUAUCAACAGCUCAUACCAGUUCAAGUUCUGCUCCAGAUGAAGGUACAACAGAAGCCAUAUCAACAGUUCAAAUCAGUACAAGUGGUACUCCAGAAGUGAGUACAUUGGAAGUCAAAUCAACAGCUCAUAUCAGUACAAGUGGUACUCCAGAAGUAAGUACAUCAGAAGUCAUAUCAACAGCUCAUACCAGUUCAAGUUCUGCUCCAGAUAAAGGUACAACAGAAGCCAUAUCAACAGUUCAAAUCAGUACAGGUGCUACUCCAGAAGUAAGUACAUUGGAAGUCAUAUCAACAGAUCAUAUCAGCACAAGUAAUGCUCCAGAAGUAAGUACAACAGAAGUCAUAUCAACAGCUCAUACCAGUACAAGUUCUGCUCCAGAUGAAGGUACAACAGAAGCCAUAUCAACAGUUCAAAUCAGUACAGGUGCUACUCCAGAAGUAAGUACAUUGGAAGUCAUAUCAACAGAUCAUAUCAGUGCAAGUAAUGCUCCAGAAGUAGUUACAUCAGAAGCCAUAUCAACAGCUCGUAUCAGUACAAGUGUUACUCCAGAAGUAAGUACAUUGGAAGUCAUAUCAACAGCUCAUAUCAGUACAAGUGUUACUCCAGAAGUAAGUACAUCAGAAGUCAUAUCAACUGCUCAUAUCAGUACAAGUGCUUCUCCAGAAGUAAGUACAUCCGAAGUCCUAUCAACAAUUUAUACAAGUUCAAGUAAUGCUCCAGAAGUAAGUACAUCCGAAGUCAUAUCAACAGCUCAUAUCAGUACAAGUUCUGCUUCAGAUGUAGGUACAACAGAAGCCUUAUCAACAGUUCAAAUCAGUACAAGUGCUACUCCAGAAGUAAGUACAUCAGAAGUCAUAUCAACAGCUCAUACCAGUUCAAGUUCUGCUCCAGAUGAAGGUACAACAGAAGCCAUAUCAACAGUUCAAAUCAGUACAGGUGCUACUCCAGAAGUAAGUACAUUGGAAGUCAUAUCAACAGAUCAUAUCAGUGCAAGUACUGCUCCAGAAGCAAUUACAUCGGAAGUCAUAUCAACAGCUCAUAUCAGCACAAGUAAUGCUCCAGAAGUAGUUACAUCAGAAGCCAUAUCAACAGCUCAUAUCAGUACAAGUGUUACUCCAGAAGUGAGUACAUUGGAAGUCAUAUCAACAGCUCAUAUCAGUGCAAGUGUUACUCCAGAAGUAAGUACAUCAGAAGUCAUAUCAACUGCUCAUAUCAGUACAAGUGCUUCUCCAGAAGUAAGUACAUCCAAAGUCCUAUCAACAAUUUAUACAAGUUCAAGUAAUGCUCCAGAAGUAAGUACAUCGGAACUCAUAUCAACAGCUCAUACCAGUACAAGUUCUGCUUCAGAUGUAGGUACAACAGAAGCCUUAUCAACAGUUCAAAUCAGUACAAGUGCUACUCCAGAAGUAAGUACAUCAGAAGUCAUAUCAACUGCUCAUAUCAGUACAAGUGGUACUCCAGAAGUAAGUACAUCGGAAGUCAUAUCAACUGCUCAUAUCAGUACAAGUAAUGCUCCAGAAGUAGUUACAUCAGAAGUCAUAUCAACAGCUCAUAUCAGUACAAGUAAUGCUCCAGAAGUAGUUACAUCAGAAGCCAUAUCAACAGCUCAUAUCAGUACAAGUGCUACUCCAGAAGUAAGUACAUCAGAAGUCCUAUCAACUGCUCAUAUCAGUACAAGUAAUGCUCCAGAAGUAGUUACAUCAGAAGUCAUAUCAACAGCCCAUAUCAGUACAAGUGGUACUCCAGAAGUAAGUACAUCGGUAGUCAUAUCAACAGCUCAUAUCAGCACAAGUAAUGCUCCAGAAGUAGUUUCAUCAGAAGCCACAUCAACAGCUCAUAUCAGUACAAGUGCUACUCCAGAAGUAAGUACAUCAGAAGUCAUAUCAACAGAUAAUAUCAGCACAAGUGGUACUCCAGAAGUAAGUACAUCAGAAGUCAUAUCAACAGCUCAUAUCAGCACAAGUAAUGCUCCAGAAGUAGUUACAUCAGAAACCAUAUCAACAGCUCAUACCAGUACAAGUGCUACUCCAGAAGUGAGUACAUCAGAAGUCAUAUCAACAGCUCAUACCAGUUCAAGUUCUGCUCCAGAUGAAGGUACAACAGAAGCCAUAUCAACAGUUCAAAUCAGUACAGGUGCUACUCCAGAAGUAAGUUCACCGGAAGUCAUAUCAACAGCUCAUAUCAGAACAAGUGCUACUCCAGAAGUAAGUACAUCAGAAGUCAUAUCAACUGCUCAUAUCAGCACAAGUGCUUCUCCAGAAGUAAGUACAUCCGAAGUCAUAUCAACUGCUCAUAUCAGUACAAGUAAUGCUCCAGAAGUAGUUACAUCAGAAGCCAUAUCAACAGCUCAUAUCAGUUCAAGUGGUACUCCAGAAGUAAGUACAUCAGAAGUCAUAUCAACAGCUCAUACCAGUUCAAGUUCUGCUUCAGAUGUAGGUACAACAGAAGCCUUAUCAACAGUUCAAAUCAGUACAAGUGCUACUCCAGAAUUAAGUACAUCAGAAGUCAUAUCAACUGCUCAUAUCAGUACAAGUGGUACUCCAGAAGUAAGUACAUCGGAAGUCAUAUCAACUGCUCAUAUCAGUACAAGUAAUGCUCCAGAAGUAGUUACAUCAGAAGUCAUAUCAACAGCUCAUAUCAGUACAAGUAAUGCUCCAGAAGUAGUUACAUCAGAAGCCAUAUCAACAGCUCAUAUCAGUUCAAGUGGUACUCCAGAAGUAAGUACAUCGGAAGUCAUAUCAACAGCUGAUAUCAGUACAAGUAAUGCUCCAGAAGUAGUUACAUCAGAAGUCAUAUCAACAGCUCAUAUCAGUACAAGUGCUACUCCAGAAGUAAGUACAUCAGAAGUCAUAUCAACAGAUCAUAUCAGUACAAGUGGUACUCCAGAAGUAAGUACAUCGGAAGUCAUAUCAACAGCUCAUAUCAGCACAAGUAAUGCUCCAGAAGUAGUUACAUCAGAAGCCAUAUCAACAGCUCAUAUCAGUACAAGUGCUACUCCAGAAGUAAGUACAUCAAAAGUCAUAUCAACAGAUCAUAUCAGUACAAGUGGUACUCAAGAAGUAAGUACAUCGGAAGUCAUAUCAACAGCUCAUAUCAGUACAAGUAAUGCUCCAGAAGUAGUUACAUCAGAAGCCAUAUCAACAGCUCAAACCAGUACAAGUGCUACUCCAGAAAUUGGUACAUCUGAAGUCAUAUCAACAGCUCAUAUCAGCACAAGUAAUGCUCCAGAAGUAGUUACAUCAGAAGCCAUAUCAACAGCUCAUAUCAGUGCAAGUGCUACUCCAGAAAUUGGUACAUCUGAAGUCAUAUCAACAGCUCAUAUCAGCACAAGUAAUGCUCCAGAAGUAGUUACAUCAGAAGCCAUAUCAACAGCUCAUAUCAGUGCAAGUGCUACUCCAGAAAUUGGUACAUCUGAAGUCAUAUCAACAGCUCAUAUCAGCACAAGUAAUGCUCCAGAAGUAGUUACAUCAGAAGCCAUAUCAACAGCUCAUACCAGUACAAGUGCUACUCCAGAAGUAAGUACAUCAGAAGUCAUAUCAACAGCUCAUACCAGUUCAAAUUCUGCUCCAGAUGAAGGUACAACAGAAGCCAUAUCAACAGUUCAAAUCAGUACAGGUGCUACUCCAGAAGUAAGUUCAUCGGAAGUCAUAUCAACAGCUCAUAUCAGUACAAGUGCUACUCCAGAAUUAAGUACAUCAGAAGUCAUAUCAACAGCUCAUAUCAGUACAAGUUCUGCUCCAGAUGUAGUUACAACAGAAGCCAUAUCAACAGUUCAAAUCAGUACAAGUGCUGCUCCAGGAAUUGGUACAUCUGAAGUCAUAUCAACAGCUCAUAUCAGCACAAGUAAUGCUCCAGAAGCAAUUACAUCAGAAGUCUUAUCAACAGCUCAUAUCAGUGCAAGUGUUACUCCAGAACUAAGUACACCCGACGCCAUAUCAUCAGCUCAUAUCAGCACAAGCAAUGCUCCAGAAGUAAGUACAUCAGAAGUCAUAUCAAGUCACACAACUGAAAGUAUAUCAACAUCUACUUUAAGUACAAGUGCUGAUUCCAAAGUAAGUACAUUAGAAGUCAUAUCAACAACUCAUAUCAGCACAAGCGCUGCUCCAGAAGUGAGCACAACUGAAGUUGUAUCAACAGCUCAUAUUGGUACAAUGCCUGAACAAAGCACAACUAGUUCUGUAGGAGAAAUAACAAGCUCCAUUACUGAACCUGAACUAGACACAACUAAAGCAGGUUCUACAAUUAAUCUGAAAACUAGCACAACAGCUCCAAUAAGCACAAAUGGAAAAGCAUCUACACCAAGUAUUAUCACAAGCACUGCACCUGAAGGUGUUACAACUGCUAUUACCACUAGUACUAGUAGGUUUCCUACAACUGGAGAAAUAACUACACCUAAAAUCACCAGUAAUACACCAGAGAAAUCCACAGUUGAAGAGAAGACAACAACAUGGACAAGCCGUGAUACAACAACUACUACUUCUCAAUUUACAUCUACUCCUGAAAUUAUAAUCACUACAGUACCUGAAUCUACAAUAUUAGGGACAACUACUGAUCUAACAUCUAAAACUACUCUACAUGACAUACCUACAGCUCAACAGACAUCUACAACUAAUAUCUUACAAACAUCAGAAUCCACAACAAAUUAUCAGAGUAGUCCCGAUGCUGCAUCGACGACCAAACCUUCUGUAACUACUCAGCACACCAGUACUAUUAAUCCGUCAACAACUAUACCCACAAAACCUCCAGAUACAGUAAGCAGUACAACAACUGCGUCUACUACAACAACACAAUUCAUCAGCCCUACAACCACACAUAUUACCACCACAACCAAACCAAGCACCAUCAUUACUACAACUACCAAAGAAACUACAACUUCACAGAGUACCAGUACAUUCAAGCCAUCAACAUCUGUAUCAACAUCACCUACUUUGCCCACUUUAAGCAGUGGAUACUCAACCAUAUUAACAUCUGUGGGCAGUCUAAAUACCACCGUAACUGAUUAUGCACCUAUGACAUCAACUUUUGGACCAGUGAUAUCAACCGGCACAAAAUACACAAGCAUUUCAUCAACUUUCCUUCCUAUAACGUCUACAUCUACGUUGGCUAACUCUACAACCACGAUCAUAACUACAACUGCAAUUAUCACUUGCAAUCUUCGUUGUGAGAAUGGUCAGUGUUAUUUCAAGCCUGGAAUUGUGACCCCUGUGUGUCGUUGCAAUAGUGGCUUUAUUCCUGAUCCUGCACAAUCGGAGAGAAUGUGUGUCGAUGUUGAUGAAUGUGAAUACAAUGCCUGUGAACAACAAUGCUCCAACACUAUUGGUGGAUAUUCAUGUUCAUGUAAAGAUGGUUACUCUCCAAAUACAAACAACCUUACAACGUGCAUCAAAAAUGAUUAUUGCAAGGAUUCACCUUGUAAAAAUGGUGUGUGUGUGAGUGGAACAUAUGGAUUUACCUGCCUCUGCUCCAGUGGAUGGGAAGGAACAACUUGUAAUGAAGAUAUUGAUGAAUGUACCAGAAACAAUCCCUGCAGUGCUUACGGCACCUGUUAUAACACCAUGGGCUCUUACAACUGUCAGUGUAAGCCAGGAUGGACAGGAAAAACAUGUACUACAGAUGUGAAUGAAUGUUCGCAAAAUCCAUGUAAAAAUGGUUAUUGCUAUAACACUGCUGGAAGUUACACAUGCAAUUGUAAUUCUGGCUACACUGGUGUAAACUGCACAGAAGAAAUUAAUAAUUGUUUGAGUAACCCCUGCUGGAAUGGAGCCACUUGCAAAAACGCAGUCAACAGUUUUACCUGCUCCUGUAUUCCUGGAUUCACCGGCAGAUUCUGUGAAAUAAAUAUUAAUGACUGUACCAGAACAUCAUGUUGGAAUGGUGGCAUUUGUAUUGACUUAAUAAAUGAUUUCUACUGCUCAUGUCCUCCUAACUGGCAAGGGAAAAGUUGCACUGUUGAUGUGAAUGAAUGUACUACUGGACGUAAUAGGUGCAGCCUUUAUGCCACUUGUAUAAACAUGCAAGGGUCAUAUAAUUGCACAUGCAACUCUGGAUACACGGGUGAUGGAUUUACCUGCAAAGAGGAUCGAUUGUUUGAAUACAUAAGUGGAAGAAGAGCUACACUGCGCACAUCAGAUUUUGUUUCUCCUCUUAUUGACAUCCCAACGGGUUUUCCUUUUGGUGCAUCAUUUUACAGCUCAUUAUAUUUUACAGACAAUGGUGUAAUAAUUUUUCGGAAAAAUUAUUAUGACCCAUAUAACACAAUGAGGUACCCUUAUAGCCACUUCUACAACAACGAUUAUUACACUCCUCCUAUGAUCGCAGUUUUCUGGGCAGAUGCAGAUUUUUCUGCAAUGGGAGAUCUUUACUAUCAGUUAAGAUACCGAGUGAUAUCUAUACUGACUACUUUAGAAACUGGUGAAAGAUAA